AUGAAGUUAAUUCGAGAGAAGAUAAAAGUUUCACAUAGUAGGCAGAAAAGCUACCAUGAUAAGAGGAGAAAGGAUCUUGAUUUUCAAGAGGGAGACCAUGUAUUCUUGAGAGUCACUCUGGUGAUCGAUGUAGGACAUAAUUUAAAGUCGAGGAACAUUACUCCUCGAUUUAUUGGUAUAUCCGGGCGAGUUGGACAUGUUGCUUAUAGAGUGGUGUUGCCACCGAAUUUGUUAAAUUUACAUGAUGUGUUCUAUGUUUCACAACUUUGGAAGUAUGUUCCGGAUCUGUUGCAUGUGAUUUUGAUGGAUGAUGUUCAGGUGAGGGAUUACCUUACAGUUAAGGCUUUGCCUAUAAGGAUUGAUGAUCGAGAACUGAAAAAGUUGAGAGGCAAGGAGAUUGCUCUCGUGAAGGUAGUGUGGGGAGGUGCUGCCAGAGGAAAUAUGACUUGGGAGUUAGAAAGCAGGAUGCGAGAGUCGUAUCCAAAGUUGUUCACAUCAGUGGGUUGCGCUACUGGAUGUAGUUUAACCAGUUACUAUUUUAAGGGUAAUCGGUUACACUGGGAGCAAUUUCUUAAAAACUUUAAAAAGUCAUAA